UUUAUCAUGUCGUGACGGACAUCGACACAACCGCAACGAUGCCAUCAGCGCUCGAUGAUGACAUGCAGGUGUGUGCGGGAAUGGGGAGGCCGCGAUAUGGGUAUGUGAGGGCAAGAGACCUGAAGCAGUACCGCAAGGACAUGAAGAAGUGGAUGGACUCCCUCCCGCACCCACCCACACAGCAACAACAGCAACAACAACAACAACAACAACAACAACAACAACAGCAACAACACUGGCAGCGGCAUUGGCAGCAACUGCACGCACAACAAGAACAACAAGAACAGCAACUCGAACAACAAAUUGAACGGCUAGAACAACAACUUCACCAGCAACGGCAGCAAGAACAACCACAGCAGCAAGAACGACAGCAGCUUGACAACGCGAUUGCGCGGCACCAGCGAGCAAUCCGUAACGCUGUCGCUGAUCUCACGUAUCGGGUCCUCUUCGCAACAAUCAUCCGCAAUCGAGCGUCAAUAUGGAGACGGGUCUUAGCUGAGGCCGUGGACCUCGUCUUCGUCGCCUUCCUGACCAUCAGCGUUGCCUCGGUGCUACAUCUUGACGCCUUUGACACGUCCGUUCGCUUCAACCCAACCAUUGCAGAUCUUGCGUUUGUGCAGCCCCUCGAAUACUUGGCGCAAGCGUGGAAGUUUGCUCUUGUAGACACUCAAGCGAACAUAUUGGACAUGGAUGUGAAUGUGCAUACAAUUGCCUUCCUCUCCUGCUACUUGGCAUACCACACGCUGUACAUCUGGUGGCUCGGGCGCACCGCGGGCAUGUUCGUGACCAAUCUCGUUGUCGUCCGCUUCACGGGAGCAGUCAUCCUCCCCGCCAUCCCACUCGCAUUUGCGCUCCUGCACACAUUGACCAAGUUGCUGUGUGCGAUUGCAAUGCCACUGCUUCUCAUUGUCGCCCCGCUCGCCGGCCUCUACCCGUACGCGCACGACACCAUCGUCGGCUGCCAUGUCGUUGUCGCCAGGCUCCAACGAUAGCAUUCACACAUCCACAGUCACAGUCGCACGUUCACAGGGACACAAACACACACACACACAGACAUGGACACACACACACACACACACACAC